AAAAAGAAACGGGGCCAAACUAAAACUAUAUCCACAACAAGUGUCACAAAAAACACACCCCACCACAUCAAAACACAACACCCCCGAAACAUGUCAACGGCGGCUGCGACAUCAAGCAUUUCAGAAGCUAGAAAUCCUCGAUGGUCGUUAUCUGGAAAGACAGCACUGGUGACAGGCGGUACACGUGGCAUCGGUUACGCUGUAGUGGAAGAACUAGCCGAGCUGGGUGCGGUGGUUCACACCUGUUCUCGAAAUGAAACUGAACUUAACCAACGCUUACAAGAAUGGUCCGCCAAGGGCUUUACUGUUACUGGUUCGGUUUGUGACGCAACUUCUCGACCCCAACGCCAACAACUUGUUGAAAAAGUUUCCGCUAUUUUCGGUGGAAAGAUCAAUAUUCUUGUAAACAAUGUUGGGACUAACAUAAGGAAACCAACUACAGAGUAUAGUGCAGAAGAGUAUUCGAUGCUCAUGGCUACUAAUUUGGAUUCUUCUUACCAUAUGUGUCAACUUGCACAUCCUCUUUUAAAGGCUUCUGGAAAUGGUAGCAUUGUGUUCAUUUCCUCUGUUGCAGGACUCGUUCACCUUUCCUCUGGGUCAAUUUAUGGAGCCACUAAAGGUGCAAUGAAUCAGCUUGCUAGAAACUUAGCAUGUGAAUGGGCCAAAGACAGUAUCCGGGUGAAUAGUGUAGCACCAUGGUACACUAAAACCCCGCUUGUUGAACAUUUGUUAAGUAAUGAGGAGUUUUUGGAAAGAGUGGUAUCUAGAACUCCAUUGAAACGCCCUGGAGAAGCAAAUGAAGUUUCAUCGCUGGUGGCUUUCCUUUGCCUACCUGCUGCUUCUUACAUCACUGGCCAAACAAUUUCUGUUGAUGGAGGGUUUUCGGUCAACGGUUUCGCAUGACACAUGCUCCUGGUGGUCACGAAUUUCUACUUUUGGCAGGAUGUGAAAUGCAGUAUGCCUCUGUGAUGAUAGGGAAGCAUCGCUCACAGGGCUGGGACAUAUUAUCAACAAAAGGGUCUCGUUAUAAUCAUCUUGUUCGAAAACUCUAUGAACAUUUGAAGUAUGCAAUAACAGUACGAUCUAUUGUAAACUUCGCAUUUCUUGUGUGGUUCCAAUCCAAACGAUCACUACGACA